AUGUGUCUCGCACUCGUGAAUGGCCUCGAUGAUUUUGAAAAACGAAAAAGAUUCCAUGACCGGCAAUGCGAACUAACGCCUUCUCUACCAAGUUGUACCACUCCCUAUAAGUUGGCAGUUUUCAAACGAGAAACAAUGUCCCAAGACAAUAACAAUCGGCUACAAAAGCUAUCUAAAGCUAUGGGAGUCAAGAGAACCGUAAAGCGCAGCUCUUGGUAUGACGAUGAUGACGAAGACUACGAGUUUUAUUUAUGGAAGAAAUAUCGUCGUGAAAAGCUGAGACGACGGCUUCUUCAAAAUUCAGGGGACUCUUCCGAAUCUGUCCAAUAUCAUUACCACAACUAUAACAGUCCUUAUUCAAGCGGAUACAGAGCCUACCCAUAUACCGGAUAUUACAGACCCUCCUAUGGGUAAGU